AUGAGUAGAUAUUUAGUCAAUACAAUUGGUAUUAGUUCAAUAGGUAUAGCAUCCUAUUUCUGGGGUAAAUCAUCAACACCAUCCAGUCCAACCGACACCCCAACCAUCCCACCUCCAUCAUCAAACCUUCCAGCCCCCAUCAAACCAACUGGAAAAGAAGUAUUUGAUCCAUCAUUAGUCCGUCCCCAAGAUUUCUUCAGAUAUGGAUUUCCCGGCCCUUUACACGAUCUCCAAACCCGUAAUGAAUUCGUAUCGUGUUAUGAUCGUUCCACCAGAAAUCCAUAUUGGGUAGUUGAACAUAUCACCAAAGAAUCAAUCAAACGAGGAUCAGGCGUCGAUCGUAAGAAAUCAACAUUUAAAGAAGAUGAAUCGAUUCCGGUGAAAUUUAGAGCUAGAUUAAGGGAUUAUUUCCGGAGUGGAUAUGAUAGAGGACAUAAUGCCCCAGCAGCAGAUGCUAAAUAUAGUCAAGAUGCUAUGGAUGAAACGUUUUAUUUAACGAAUAUGAGUCCACAAGUGGGUGAUGGUUUCAAUCGUGAUUAUUGGGCCCAUUUGGAAGAUUUUGCAAGAAGAUUGACUGAUAAAUAUGAUGAUGUUAGGAUUAUGACUGGGACUUUGUUUUUACCUAAAUUAGGACCAGAUGGGAAAUAUAGAGUUACUUAUGAAGUUAUUGGAAGUCCGCCAAAUGUUGCAGUACCAACUCAUUUCUUUAAAUUGAUUGUUGGGGAAAAUAAAUCUGAUAAUGGAAAGAUUAGUUGUGCUGCAUUUGUAUUACCUAAUGAUGUUAUUGAUAAUAAUGUUCCUUUAACUGAUUUCCAAGUUCCAGUUGAAAGUGUUGAAAGAUCAAGUGGGUUAGAAUUAUUACAUAAAAUUCCUUAUUUUAAUAAGAAAGAUUUAUGUAAAGAAGUUAAAUGUGAAUUAGUCAUUAGAGAAUUCCCAAAACAAGUUAAUAAUGUUAUGGCAUUACCUGCUCCUGGGAAGUAA